CUAAAACCGUUUUGCCAGCGAACAUACGGGUAUUGCCCCUAGCCGGCCAUCCGGAGUGAAUACCCCAAAAUACGGUCACUAUCUCAGAGCUGAGGAUGACUCGUAUCAAUUGAUAGCUCAGUUUCCUUCCUUCUCAUCUCGGGGCACCAGUUGAAUCAAUUCGCGGAUCAACGACAUGCGCCCUUUCUGGCUCGUUUUCUUGUUUGUAGCUUGUGAGGGGAAAGGUCUAUUUUCACCGAUAUGGGUAUCGAAUUCUUUGGACGACAACGUCAUCCCGGACGACGAUGUCAAAAGCCCGAAAAACGUUUGUUACACGAAGGAAUGUAAAGAAUCCGCAACGGUGCUGGCAGCGAACAUGAACCUAUCCGCAGAUCCCUGCACAGAUUUUUUCGAGUUCGCCUGCGGCGGUUGGGUGAGGGCGAACCCCGUCCCAGAGACCGAAUCUAAGUGGACCGCGUUAUCCCUGAUCGAAGAACGUGUAAAUCUUCAACUGAAAGAGAUUUUAGAGAGCCCUCCUGAUAUGUUCGAACCUGGGCCGGUCCAAGCGGCCAAACAGUACUACAACGCGUGCAUGGCCGAAGUUGGCAAUUGUACGAAAACGACUGCCCUCCCUCUGCUCAAUCUGUUGGAAAAAUACGGUGGCUGGCCGAUGAUCACCAGGCAAUGGCGCCCUGGGAACUUCUCCUGGUCGGACAUGAUCGCCUCCAUCUACACAGAAUUGUAUACCUCGCCGAUAAUAUUUUUGACUAUUUACAACGACAAGAAAAAUGCGAGCAGAUACAAAUUGACUCUGGAUCAAACGACCUUUUAUGUGCCGCGUGCGGUUUUGGUGGAUCCGAAAACGUACAGCAAUAAGAUCGCCGAUUACAAGGAGUGGGUGGAAAAUACGGCUUCGAUACUGGGAAAAGCUGCCGGGUCGGAAAUUCCGAAAGAGGAAAUCGCCCUCCAGGCCGAGGAGAUGAUCAAUUUCGAAAAGGAGCUGGCCAAGAUCACGAGUACGAUGGAAAUGAGAAGAAACCCCGAAAGGACUUACAAUUUAAUGACACUGCGCAAGUUGCAAACAUGGACCGACUCUGCUGAUCCUAACCAGAUCAAUUGGCUUUCGUUUUUUCGUCGGAUUACCAAAGACGUUGACUUGGAGAUAAAUUGGAAUGAAGAAGUGAUCGUCAGAGAGGUAGACUACUUUUUCAAACUCGUCAAAUUGAUGAAGGCCACGCCUGCGAAGACAGUAGCAAACUAUCUCCACUGGUGGGUCGUCAUGAUCUUCGGCAGCAAAAUCAGCCGAGACUUGAAAGAUUUGACUUUUAGGUUCGAACAGGCGUUUACAGGAGCCACGGCUCAACGGCCCCGCUCGAAAAAUUGCGUCGAAAAUACUAACAACGCUCUGCAAAUGGCAGUCGGCUACAGCUACGUGCAGAAGCACUUCGACAAGUCGGCCAAACGGGAGGCCAUGGAAAUAUCGGAGAACAUCAAGUCCGCCUUCAAGGAGGAAAUCGACAGACUGAGCUGGAUGGACGGGCCGACGAAAAAGGCGGCCAAGAAGAAAGUGGAGAUGAUGACCCAGAACAUCGGCUAUCCGCCCUGGUUUGCCAAUGUUUCCGCCUUAGAACAGUUCUACGACGGGCUGGAAAUCGGCGAUUUGCUGUUUCAAAACGAAAUCAACGUGAGGAGAUUCAAAUUCAAGAAGUCGAUAUCGAAAUUAAUAGCAACUAAUAAAUUAACAGACUGGCUCGUAAGUCCGGCUGAAGUCAACGCCUUCUACAACGCCCAGUGGAAUUCAAUCACAUUCCCUGCUGCCAUCCUUCAACCCCCGUUAUUCCAGAGAGGCAGGAUAGAAGCAUUGAACUACGGAGCAAUCGGCUCCGUGAUCGGCCACGAGAUCACCCACGGGUUUGACGACGUCGGAAGGCAAAGCGACGCCUCGGGCAACCAAGUCCAAUGGUGGUCAGAGAAAACAAUAGAAACCUACAUAGAAAAGGCCCGGUGCUUCAUUGCCCAGUACGGCGAGUACAGGGUGCCCGUUCUGGACGACAUCCUCCUCAAAAAAGCCACGUUGAACGGCGUAACGACUUUGGGUGAAAACAUAGCAGACAACGGCGGCCUCCAUAUAGCCCUGCUGGCGUAUAAGAGGUACGUAGCGAAGAGAGGAGAAGAGCCAAGGCUACCUGGGCUUGAGGUAUUGUCUCCCGAUCAGAUUUUCUUCAUAGCGUUCGCCAAUAACUGGUGCUCGACAAGCACGAAGAAGUCCCUCUUGGAAAACGUGCUCGACAGUUUGCACAGCCCGUCCCAUUUCCGCAUCAUCGGCAGUCUACAGAACUCGAGGGACUUCGCUAAAACUUUCGGCUGCCCCCUAAGAAAAAAUAAAUGCACUUUGUGGUAACUUUUGUUGUACUGAUUAAAUAAAAUUUCUUUUUUUUAUAAGAAA